AUUACUUUAUAAUCAGCUUGACGUGUGUUUUACAGUGCAUGUGAAAUUAUUGCAAAAAUGUUUCUGAAAUUUGUUUGUAUACUUUAUAUUGUAACUAGUAUUGUCACGUCUGAAAAACAAAUCAAUUAUAAGAAGAUGAUGGAGACUAUAGAGCGUCCGAAAUUUUCAAUAACUCCAAAAGAAGCAGACGAUUUUAUAGCAGGAACUUACGAUAUUCUAAAUGAUAUGAAUUUCAAAAACCUUUUUUUGCAAUCUUUUACGAAUAGUGAAUUUAAUCAAUGGGAUAGUAAUUUACAAGACAAUACAACAACUAAUGCUAACGGACCAUCAACCCCUGGCACAGGUCCAACCUCUCCUAUGUCAACUGGAGAAUCCUUUACUACGGAACAGACAAAUAGCAUGACACAACAAACAACAAUAUCUCAAACAACUGUUAAUACACCAACAACCAUCCAACCGCUAGUUGUAUCUGAACUAUGUCGUAAUCAAAUAAACGCUACAGGAGAAGCCAUCUUACGAAGAGAACUUUGGGCAUUAGCGAUGGUAGAUGCGUUCGGAAAACCACAAUCAAAUAUCCUUGGAUCCCUCGGCAGUCCGAUCAUGUGGAUUGGAGAUUACGAUGAAUGCAUAUCUAUACAAGCUAAAACAGAACGGGACCAAAUAAAGUACACAUUCAAGGGACAAUUCUGUGUAGCUUCUUCUAAUGUUAAUAAUAUUGCAAUACUUAACCUUGGCGUGUGUGUACCAAACAGUUGUAGUAAAACCGAUGUUAUGAUUUUAUUAAAAACAACAGUAUUACCAACUGUGUAUAGUGUAUCAUGUCCAGAGCAUGACAGACCUUUAGAUACUAGGGCUACAAUUGUAUUGGUAGUAUGUUCAAUUUUUAUAGCCUUUCUGGUAAUAGGAACAUGUUAUGACGUCAUAGCGAUUCAAUGGCCUAGCUGGAGUAAAGAAAAUGAUGAUUCAAACUCUUCCGAAAUUGAUGAAAAUACCCAUUUGAUAAAUGGACAGACACAAAAUACACAAGGCUUGUUGGGAAAGCUUAUAUUAUCUUUUUCUGUAUAUACUAAUAUUACCAAAAUACUUAGUACUACACAAGGAGCUGGGAGUUUAACAGCAAUAAAUGGGAUACGUUUUAUUACCAUGACUUGGGUUAUACUCGGACAUACCAUGAUAUUUGCUCUACAGUUCGGUGUUGUCGAUAACACUUCACAGUGGUUACCAGAUCAUCUCAAUAGAAUUUCAUUUGGUCCAAUUUACAAUGCGUUUCCUGCAGUAGACACUUUCUUCGCAUUAAGUGGUCUAUUACUGACAUACUUGAUGAUGAAGGAAUUAAAGAAAAAUAAUGGGAAGUUAAACUGGCCGAUGUUUUAUUUCCAUCGAUUCUGGAGGUUGACGCCUCCCUAUAUGUUGAUAUUGAUGGUGUAUGUAUCUCUCUUCCCUUACAUUGGAGAAGGUCCGGGCUGGCCUAGAGAUGGACCUGAAGUCAAUUACUGUGAACACUCAUGGCACAGAAAUUUUCUAUACGUUAACAAUUUAUUCGUGAAUGGUUACGAUAUGUGUAUGGGAUGGUCUUGGUAUCUUGCUAAUGAUAUGCAAUUUUAUGUAAUCAGUCCACUUAUUCUACUUCCUUUGUUUCAUUACCAUUUGGUUGGUGUAGGAAUUAUAUUGGCAUUUUUAUUGAGUUCAACAAUUGCAUGCGGUGUACUCUCAGCACAUGAUGAUUUACCAGCUAGUAUAUUUGAUGGUGGAAAUAGUCAGAACUUUUUCAAUGAGUAUGUUAAACCUUGGAACAGAAUUACACCUUAUUUGAUUGGAAUGUAUGCCGGCUAUUUACUUUACAAAACUGACUGUAAAGUUCGUAUCAAUCGUUUUGUAAACAUAUUUGCAUGGUUAGCCUUCACUGCAGUUGCAUGUACAGUGUUAUAUGGUUUACACAAGGAUGUAACAGGGGACCGCUUAUCAACGGACGUAGCAGCUCUUUAUACAGCUACCCACCGAAUGGUAUGGGGUGCUUGCGUAUGCUGGGUAAUAUUUGCUUGUGCUACCGGAAAUGGGGGGAUAAUUAACACGAUAUUAUCAUGGAAGGGAUUUGUACCACUUAGCAGACUGACAUAUUGUGCCUAUUUGGUUCAUCCUAUAGUUAUUUACUAUUAUCUUUUAAGAAGACAAAGACUUAUACAUUUUAGUGAUACUGAAGUCGCUUUAAAUUCAGUUAUGAACAGAAAUCGAGGCAGAGGUAGAGGUGGAGGUGGCUCUCAGGGGAGACAAGGUGGUAUGGGAGGUGGUAACUUAGGACGACAAAGACAACAGCAACUAAAUGCUGGGCCGGGUAUUCUAGGAACUGGACCUAUGAUGGGAAUGGGAGGAAAUGGUGGUCAAUUUAAACAGCCCAUGUCCCCUCCAGCAGGGAGAAUGCGUAAUGUGUCACCAGGGAUGCAGGGAUCUUUGAGGCCUAAUCAGAAUCAGAUGAAGGGAGAUAACCAAAAUAAUCAAGUUAGGGAAUCACAGUUACAACUGAUGAACAGCUUGUUAAUGAAACAACAGCAGCAACAACAACAAAUAAAUUCUAGUAGAGCAAGCCUCCUAAACAAUCUGGAAAGUUCCAGUUUAAUGGGUAACAGAUCAAAUAUACUUGGUGGUGGAUUGGAUAGGAAUGACAUAGAUGAUGGUAGGAGAAAUAGUUUACCUGGGGAUCUUAUGCAGGAUCGCAGCUAUAAUGAAAACAGAAGGAGCAUGCCCAGUGAUGUUACAUCAGCAAGUGGGAGUGGUUAUAUGGCUCAAAAAGUAAGUCGGAGUUUGAUGGAUGAUAACUUUAGUCAAAAUGACAGGAGAAAUAAUAGGAGAAUGUUUGAUGAUCAAGAAUUUGGUGGCAGGGGUUCCAAUCUUGGUGGCAGGAGUUCUAAUCUUGGUGACAGUCAAAGUUCAAUGAUGAGUGACAGCAGAGGAAAACCUAACCUUAGACAAGAUAUGGGAAGAAGUUCCCUAUUUGGGGAUGAUAUGACUAGAUCAUCUGUUAGUGUCUCCAGCGGAAACCUCUUAGAUGCUGGAAGUAGUCUGCUAAGUAACAUGCAGCAAGCUGUAUUUGGACAAGAAGGUCAGAGAGUGGAAACACAAGGAGGGAAUUUGCAGAGCAUUAUUGGACAAGGAAAUAUGCAAAGCAUUAUGGGACAACAAGGAGGAAAUGUUCAAAGUUUGAUGAGUCAACAAGGUGGUAGCAUGAGGGGAAUGAUGGGACAGCAAGCUGGAAAUGUGCAAAGCAUGAUGGGACAGCAAGGUGGAAAUAUGCAAGGCAUAAUGGGACAGCAAGGUGGAAAUGUGCAAGGCAUGAUGGGACAGCAAGGAGGAAAUAUACAAGGAAUGAUGGGACAACAAGAAAGAAGUAUGCAAAGUCUGAUGGGACAACAAGGAGGGAAUAUGUCAGGCAUGAUGGGUCAGCAAGGUGGUAACUUACAAGGCAUGAUGGGACAGCAAGGAGGAAAUAUGCAAAGUAUGAUGGGUCAGGCAGGGGGCAAUAUGAGAGGGUCUCAGGGAGGCCGUUUGCAGAAUAUGACAGGUCAGGGACGACAAAGUCAGAAUCAGGGUAUGAUAGGAGCAGAUGUUGGUAAUAUGCAAGGUCUACUUGGACAAGGACCACCUGCUGGUGGGAAGUCAUCCAUUCCUUCUCUCUUUGAUGUCAGGACAAAUCGACAAGGUCUUCUUGGUAAAAGGGCAGGACGUGGCGGAAGAGACCAAGGUGGAGGACGUGGUGGAAGAGGGGAUCAAGGUGGACCUAAAAAGUUCAGGAGGAACAGUGGGCCUUCACCACAAGAUUUCCGUCGGCAGGGCAACAGAAAUGACCGAGGCUCAGAAGGCCGAGGUCGAGCCAGAGGUUCUGAUCGCAGGAAUAACAGACCAGAUCGUACAUCUACUAACGAUCGAAGAAAUCCUCGUGACUCAGAUUCUUCAAGAUCAAGGGAUUCUGAUAGAAAAUCACACAGCUCAGAUAGAAGGUCUCGCGACAAAGGCAAGGCAUCUAAUGUAGACAGAAAAUCACAAUCACAUGACAGGUCAGCUGACAAGUCACGUGAUAAGACAGGUGAUAAGUCACAUGAUAAAUCAAGUGACAAGAAAGAGAUAAAGAAAGAACAGUAUGAUCCAGCAGAACCUACAGAAGAUGAAGAAAAUGCAACAACAGGACUUGCAUGGGUUGAGAAGAAAGAUAAGGAUGUUGAAAUGGUAGAUGUGACAGCCAAGGUUGUUACAGAGACUAAAACCAACACACCAAACAAAGACAAGGAUGUACCAGAUAAAACAAUGACUGUAACUGUGGAUAGUAAGGGGAGGAGUGUAGAUGAUUCUGCUUUGAUAAAGAAAGAAGCCAAAGAUGAAGGUUCCUCAGACAAGAAGAGUUUCUUUUGUCAUGCCUGUAUGGUAGAAUGUCAGGAUUUUGAAGGAUUUGGUCGACACAUGAAAGGUAAAAAGCAUUUGAGUAGAAUGGAAAAUCUUGGAAGUGCCCAUAAUCAGGCAUCUGAACAAGAAGCAUCAAGGUUGAAAGCACAGGAACAUCUACGUUCAGUUGAAAAGAAACCAAGAAGUGAAGACAGAAAAAGGAGAGAUGACAUUUCACCUAGACGAGGAUCUUCUGAUAGAAGGUUUUAUGGCAGAGGAAGAUUUCAAACACCUCAUCAGCCUCCUCUAGGGCGGAACUCUUUCCAUGCUUCACAGACUCAGAGUGAUAGAGACAGACGUCGUCGUAGAGAGCGAGAUAUUGAUGAAUCCUCUAAUGCUAGUUUCCCUGGUGAUCUAGGUGACAUGGUUACUGUUGAUGAAAUCGGAUUUGAAGAACAUGAGGAUGCAUCUAUGGAGACAGAUGAUAAUAGUCGACAUGGUAAAGAAACAAGGAAGGGAGGAGGGAAAAAAGAAAGUCUUCCAGAAGAUGCUGAUGAUUAUGUAAUCCCAGAUUAUGAUCCUACAAAAGCUGUUGGUCAGAAAUAUGUGGUGCCAGUAUCAGGAUAUUUCUGUAAAUUAUGUCACAAGUUUUAUACAACAGAAGCUUCAGCUAAAACCAAUCAUUGUCAGAGUAAACAACAUUAUGAUAAAUUCAAUGCAGUCAUGAUGGACAAACUCAUUACUAAAGCUUUGGCUAAAGAAGAAGAGGAAGAAAAAAGAACAGAAGAUGCUAGUCCCAAGGAGGAAAAGAAAGAAGAAGAAACCAAAGUUAAGGAAGAAAAUGUAUCACCUGAACCAGUAAAUGGAAAAAGUGUGGAGAAAGAAAAUGUUUCUUCAGAUGAUCCAGUAAAUGGUAAGGAGGAGGCGGAAACUACUAAAGAGAAAAUGGAGGAAGAUUCGUCAGAAAAUCCUCCAGACAGCACUCCAACAAUAGAAAACGAGAAUGUCAAUGGUAGCACUGAAAAUAAAGUAGAGGCUACAAGUGAAACAGCUGAAAUUUCAGAUUCAAAAGUGACAGUUACCAAUCAAAAAUCCAAAGCUGUUAAGAAAGUAGCUCAGAAAGCUAAACGUGGAAAAAAGACUUAAAUUGUGUUGUCCUGUAUCAUGUGUAUUGAGAAUAACUGAUAUAAAUUGAAGUAUUUCAUAUAUAUGCUGAUUUUAAUUGAGCACAAACAUUGUUGUACACAUGUUUUAACAGUUUCUGAUUUAAACAUUUGGUGUAUGAUGAAAGGAGCAAUUGAGGUGGCACUGAGAUAAUGGAUUUUAGAAGCAGUAUAUGUUGAAUACAAUAGGACAGUUGUUACAUUUGUGAAAUUUAGAUUUUGUUGACUUUUUUUUUGUUUUUUAAGACAUUUAUGUUAUUUUUUACACAAAUUGUAUAGUUUCUUGAAAACGCUGAAUUAUUCAAUUUGCAAAUAAAGAAAAAGAAAUGUCAAUGAAACAGCAAACUUAAGUCAUCAAUUUAAAAUACUACUUCAUGAUAAACCAUGGACUUAACGUAAUAAUGUUCCUGCAUUAUGUUAGAUCUCUGUAAGAGUCCUAACUUUUUUGUACUCGUGCCAUUAUAUGAAAUCUUCUAGAAUUGCAUCUUCAGUGUUGAA